AUGUGCAAACACAGUGAGGUGAAGCUGAGAGCCUACCCGUAUGUUCUUAUCCUCUACCUAGAGAAGAACAUGGAGAAGGGAAAGCAAGUGGAGGAGAAUCCUAGUCAGGUCGCCUGUGUUUCAGAGCCACAGCCAAAGCGCCGCAAGAAGGACUCACCUCUAGAGGACGCCAUAAUACAGGAUUUAUUAAAGGACAUGGAGGCUGAAAACAGGGUUUCCACUGUCAGCAGGGACAAUACACAUGCAGAGGGAGAAGUUAUGAGGAAUCCAGGACGUGCUGACAAGGACGAAUCAGGUGUCAACACUCCCAGGGGAAGUUCAGGAGAUGUGUCUCCUGGGACAACAGAGGACAUGGAGGAGGAGGAGGAGGACGACGACGACGACGAAGACGAUGAGGACGACGAGGAGGAGGAAAGUGAUGAAGAGGGAGAAAAUGUAGACUCUGUCUCCGGGUCACCUGACAAGCCAGGAAUUCUGACUCGACUGGCCAGACAUAUGUUCCCCUUCUCCUUGUUCUUCAGAGAUCUGUGAGAGCUGUUUUAUAGAGACAGGAGGUUUAACUCACUGGGUUUGUAAAGUUAAAGUUCUUAAAACAAAAAGUGUUUAAAUUUCUCCAGGAACAAGAUUUCAUAGACUUUGUUCAUUAUUGUGAAUUCAUCAUCUUUUUCGUUUUUCCAUAAAUGUUAUCCUCCUGUUCUCUUAUCAUACAUGUUAGAUUUUACAAUAUAGAUCAUAUUUUUGUAAAAUAUGACCUGUUGCUUCAGUCCAUCAGUUCAUCUUUCUGUUUUUGUCUUUGUCCAUAUGCAAAUAAAUAUGAUUACU